AUGGCUUCACAAAUUGAAGAGUUUCUUGCUAAAAAGAAAGAACAAACUACACUAUUGGAUUUACAUAAUUGUACUGCCAAUUCAAAGGAAGAAUUAAGAAAACUUGUCGAAAAAGUGCCAGAGUUCAAGAUAAAACCAGAAAAAAAACUGGGUGAUAUUAAGAUAAGAGAAAAAAAAUUCAAAUUUAAACUGCCUAAGAAAGAAAGUAAAAAAUCAUUCCCAUUUGCCGAACCAACGCCGUCAGAAAUGAAAGGAGUAUCAUUAGACGAGCUGUACUCGGUAAAUAUCCCAUGGAAAAUGCUUACUUCUCUUCGCCCAAAAUCAAAAAUCGAUGAAGAAUAUUUUUCGAGACAAGUCGAACUUGGCACAGCUACUCUUAAGACCAGGAACGCGGAGAAAAAGACGCCACGUGAUAGUUUUCUGCGAAAAAAGAAAAACGCCUCAGGAGGAGUGGAGUCCAAGUUUUUGUCGUGCAAAGAAUGCGGAAUCGAAUUUUGUACGGGCGACAGCUGCAAGAUAUUCGACUACGAUUCGUUCAAACGGGUUGCAGUGACUGCCGUACAGACAACCACCGAACAGACGCAAGAGCCAGCUUCUCAGGAAAAAAAGUCGUCAAAAAAGAAAAAUCCUAGCAAAGGACUUAAUGCGAAAUCUCGAGGGCCGGUGGUUAACGUUAAAAACGCCCCGGCGAAGAAAAACGGCGAGAGAAUUAUAAUCGGCGUGAACACAAAAAAAAAAAAUUCUACCGCUGUUUCGGAUAAAUUAACCAUCGACAAGUCCAACGUAAACGUCAAGACAAUUAUGAAGGAUAAAUUAUUUUCAUCGAAAGCUGAUAUGAAAAAAACCACUGUAACAAAGGAAAAGUCGUUAAAAAAAACACGAAUUGUCGAAAAAAAAGAGCCGUAA